AUGCCGAAGAAGAGGACGCGUCCGGCAAAUGCGCCACAUACUUUCGCCUUCGUUUCUGUCAACGGUAUCGGACAAGUGCAACAAGCAGCUGAUAGGAGACUGAUUAGGAGUCACUGCAUGAUCGGUAAAAACAAGAGAAGGACAGAUCCUAAAACCAAACCCCCCAAGCAUGGCAGUGGUCGAGGUGGGGAGAAUGGAAAGGGGUCCCAGGGGCCGACUCCCGUGCACUCCCCCGUAGCCCCUCCUUCCGACCUAUUACUCGUCAAAUUCGUCAAGGAUAUCGAUCCAAAGACACGGAAACUCCUCUUCGAGUACUUCGUCGAGUCAAACUCUCUCCUGUAUCCCCGUGAGCUCGGCAUUGACUAUGAGCGCAGCAGGAGCUCUUGGUUUGUGUGGCUUUCGUACGAUCUGGGAUUCUUCCAAUCAGUUCUGCUCAGUGCGUCCGCCAUGGUGGAUUACAAGACAAGGAAGCCGUUCAGCAACGUAACGCACCAGCACUUGCAAAAGACUAUUAGUCUGUUGAACGAGCGCUUGUCGGAUAAUAUCCUCGCCCGGAAUGACGCAACUAUUUCCAUAGUGCUCAACCUUACUAGGCUUGCCGACUAUUCCGGGGAUGAGGAGGCCAAGCAGACGCACAUCGGCGGUCUUCAACGGCUGGUGCAUCUACGUGGGGGUUUGGAUGCGUUCCGGUCAAAUAACAAAAUGUGGAUCAAGCUGAGUCGUCUCGAUUUCGGCCUUUGUCUCGACCCCGGACAGCAGCCAUCGAUCUUUGAGACAGAGCUCUCAUUCUGGAAUCCGCUAUUCGACUUUAAGAAACCCCUUCCGUCCGAAAACCCCGUCUAUGGCCUUAUACCAGAGUUGUCCGGGGCCAAAUUCGUCGUGGACUCCAGACUGGCCACCGUCUUCGGCGAUCUACAAUAUUUCAGUGCGCUUCUCAAUACUGCAGUCGUCCGCAAACAGACCAUCAGUGAUAGGCAGUUCCAUGAAAUUGUGUGUUCCAUCCAACGCCGUCUCAUGCGCCUGCAAGCCACACUGCCUGACCUCCUAGAAGAGUGCUUCCGGUUAGGCAUGCUGGCCUUUCUAGCAACGCUGUUUCAAGUUCCACGGACGCCAUGUAGCUACCCCUACCUCGAAACCCGGCUCAAAGAGGCAUGUCAGUCUAUCGAGACGACGCCGGACCGGCGGGAUCUGCAUUUAUGGCUGCUGAUGGUCGGCGCAAUGACGGUGUACAAACCCGAGGAUCCCUGGUUGCGCGAUCGCUGGUUGUCAGACGUGUCGCCCUCGACGUGGCCAGAGGUACGAGGAAGAUUACAGGACAUUGUAUGGGUCAACGCGCUGCAUGAUCGGCCGGGCAGGCAGGUCUUCGAUGUGAUGAGCAUGAAGAAGCCGGACCUGUUUGGUUUAUCUGGUUGA